AUGUCUUCAGGCAGUGCUGCUGCGUCGUUGCCAGGUACCUUCGGGCUCGAUGAGUACGGCUUGGCAGAGAGCGAUACUGCAGCUGGCCCCAACAAGAUGACUUGCUUCGUGUGUGAGGAGGAGGAGUUGUGCACCAAGGAAUGGCGUGGCGCCAUGCUCGGUCAGAGGUGCUGGAAUGCGGUUCGAGCCCAUCGCUUGCAGCUGAAGGGCAACGCGAAGGCCCUCAAGGAGUCUGCAGAUCUGGUGAAAUCAGAUCCCGACCAGUUUCGAGCUCAGGUGAAGCCCUACAUCCCAACGGAUACUACGAGUCGUAGGAUCGCUCGGGAUGAGACGCAGAAGCAGCUCGUUGCGCAGCAGACGACUGACAGGAGUGUCGAGUCGAAGCGUGAGGGAAAGAAGACGGAGUUCUACAGCAAGCGCCACUUCAAGUCGUACAGGGCCUUCUGGGACAAGGUAGAGUCAGAUGACGCCAGCGAGGAGUUCGACGCAAUGCAGGACGCAGACCCCCACUUCGACAGCGACGGCGAGGCAGUCCAGCCCCUCAAGGCCCGCAAGUACACGAGAGAGGAGUCUGGCCGCGACACGAGUACUGGCAAGGUGACUCAGAGAGUGCUGGAGGACGAGGGUGGCCACAAUGAACCUGCCAGGAGCCCAAGCGCCAAUCUUCGUCAAUUGAUGGGUCUCGGUGACCUCCCGUCUGGCCACCUGGAGAAGAUUCCUCGAGGCGGGUCGCCCUUGCGAAGCUUGGCUGCCAAGCGCGACAGGAUGGACGACGAUUCAGCGUCGGUGAAGACCAAGGCCCCGAGGAAGGACAUCAAGUCGAAGAUCGAGGAGGGCAACGAGGAGGCGCUCUUUUUAGUUGCUAAGGAGGAGAUCUCAGAGAGCUGCGUCAACCUGCUGAAGAGGCACACUGGCGCGAAGUCUAUGGCGCACAAGCUGGAGGCCCUGGUGAAGAAGCACUCGCAGAAUUCGGAUGCUCCGAAUUGUACUCAGAUCCUCGCGGACUAUGCGACGCACGUGCAUGAGGUUAUGGACAUCAAGGGGCCAGCGCUGAAGGACCUGAAGGCUGACGGCGUGGAUGGUCUCAAAGAUAGGCUGGCCGCAGUGACACAGGCUCUCAACGACUUCGAGGAGCAGGCCAAGAAGAAGACGACGACGUUCUGCGUCAUGGACUCGACCGCCAGGAAGGCGCAGCGCACCGAGUACUUGGCAGUGCGUCACCAGAAGGGUAAGGUUGCGAAUGCCUUGACUGCAGGCGGCUACCACAUGAAGCAUGCCAAGGUCAUUGGCAGCCUCGUGUACGAGAGCUCUGGCACUCCGCUGACGGCUGAGGAGACUGGAGUGCUCUUCAAGAUCGUCAAUGUGAACCCUGCAGAGCUGAUUCCUUCAGAGGUCUGCGCCUGGGCCAUGACCGAGUCGAAGGGGUUGAAGGUGCGCUCGGCCAUCAUGGGCAAGUGUGGGCUGGCUCUCGAUGAGAAGGUGAAGGUGCUUGACAAGCAGAUGGAGACCACGAGGUGGACUGGGGCUCUCACGCGCCUGACCUCCGACCUGACGACCGUGGACUUCCAGCUGCCGGAGAGCUCUGGCGAGCUCUUCAUGGAGGGCAACCACCCGAGCAUCGUGACGCUGCGCCGCGACGCCUGUCGCAGGGGACCUGCGGCGUUCAACAUGUCGGGUGCUGGCUGCUACGUGAUGGCGCUUAGCGAGCCGAUCAUUUUCAUGGUGUACAAGAUCGAGGAGCUGCUCGCGCGGGGCAUCGUGAUCUCCAACCUGCCAGGGUUGGCCUGCGACCAAACCUACCCAUGUGCUUACACGGGGGGACCGAGGUUUCUGCAGAGUGAGGCGGGCGCCGAGUUCAUGAACUCGACGGCUUGCGCGGUCUUCACGUUGCCGAAAAAGGCGAUGGCGUGGAUCCCUUGGGGCUUCUUGUACACUGCCGUGUACUACAACGGGGCGCCCGCAAACGACAAGGAGGCUCCGAAGUGGGCCCACUUCCUCUCGGUGACGGUCUUGGCGAAAGGUCUGGCGCAGCAGAUCUCAAAGCAAGUGUUCGCUGCCGUGAACAAGGAUCUCGAUGACCAUUACAAAACGGAGAGCGCGCAGGUGUGGAAGGAUAGGGCCUCUGUGUGGGCUGCGUUUUCGAAGCAUGUCCUCGAUGUGUGA